UAACUGCUUGGUAAACAUCGGCUUUGAGUCAAGAGUCGAAGUCGUUUUCCGAAAUCUCACAUAUUAUUCUUUUUUUCUCACAUAAUGUGUGUGUCGUUAGUUGAUUAAUUUAUAAUCUUCAGAAAGACGAAAUCAAGGUAAUGGGGAGAAAGAAAAAAAUUACAAAGGAUCCUGAGCCUUAUCUUAUUCAACAUGCACCACUUAACUGGGACCAGCUCAGCACUAUCCUUGAAGUGCAGGACAGUGAUGACUCCCUGAAGGCUGUGGUUACGCAGGUUGCCACUCCAAGAGCCGGACAGGUUUACUUGGUAGAAUGUGCAGGUGCUCGAUUCGCUCGAUAUGAUAGCCACCGCUGGACAUCAUAUUACAGACAUGAUGGCUUGGGAGCCCUAUUGCCACAAGGAGAAGAGGAUAUAUACAAAGAUAAGAUUGAAGUCCGAUAUAAUAAGAAACGUGGAAAUCAUGAUAACCUUUGCAAUGAGGCUGUCAGGAUUGUGUAUAAGUAUAAAUCCCCUGGAGAUCUUGUUCAGGGAAACAGAGAUGUUUCCUAUCAUGUUGUCCAAUAUUUGGAAAAGUUACCAGACUAUGUAGAAACCAAGGUAAAACAAGACAAAGAAGUACAAGACACAGAAAUUAGAGAACUUGAGGAAAUGGCUAUGAAAGAGAAGGCAGUAAAACAGGCAGAAAAGGAAACAUGUUCACCACAAGCAGCAUCAAGCAGCUUUGGAAGAAAGAGAAAGCCAAACAGCAGGUACACAGAUUUAUACAAAGUGGAAAUGACCACAACAAAGUCUCAGCAUUAUAAUGAAGAAGAUACAAGAACAGACUACGAGGAUAGUGAGUAUGAAGAUGAACUCUAUGGAGAAAUGACAGGGAGCCCCAAAAUAACUGAAGUGAGGAAACUGAUUCGUGGAAAACGAGGCCGACCUCCCAAAGUGAGAGGGAAAGGACAUGGUCGACAUGGUGGGACAACAUGGAUGGCUGGGUAUGGUGCAGAAAAGACAAAACCAAAGAGUUCAACCUUGUUCAGAAUGUGUGAAGACGACGAUGAUGAUGAUGAUGACGAUGUUGAAGAAGAGGAGGAGGAAGAGGAAGAAGAAGUGAUUAAGGAAGAGGGAGAAGAGGCGAUAACAAAUGACUCAGUGCAUGUUAAUCUCCAGAAAGUAAUUGAUGAUGAAAAGGAAAAAGAGAAGAGAACUCAUGACAUGAAAGGAGAUGAAAUGGACAUAGAUUCUGGACAGAUAUGGUACUGUGUUGACUUUCCCUCUGCAGCCAUGAAAGCCUCAAUUCCUUUGACAUUGUCCCAAAUAACAGAAACUUUUGAGAAGAUCAUUCAAGGAAAGAUGCUGGUAUAUACUUCUCAAGUUUUGAUAGCAAAAUCAGGAGAUGUCUUUGCCCUAGCUGAUGAAGUUGCCCUUAGUGACAGUGAGUUGUGGUCAAUGAAAAGUAGCUUUCCUCAGCAAAAUAUGCCUUGUUUGACUGUCACAUGGUAUGAUCGCACUACAAUUCCACAGGAUUGUUUUGAUCUGCAAGAUAAGCAGCCUGAUAUCAAGCUAAUCUACAAAUCAAAAAAACAUGCCAAAUUCUGCAUGGUUCACUACCUCACCCUAGAGUCAUCUGGCUUGAAGUCUCCUGUUAUCUUGUCUGGAUCUGAUACCCCAAGCUCAGACUCUGUCCUGCAGUUAUUAGAUGAUCCAGAAACCAUAUCAGAAUGUUUUGAUGAUCUGAAGAUUAAUGCUCUCCAUGCGAGUGAAAGCAUAGCAAGCACGUCAGUAAAGAGUACUCAGGAAAAUAAGUUGAGUACAGAAAAGAAGGGAAAGUCUCCUGGACGGCCAAGGCAUAGGGGACUGACAAGCGAAGGGGAGCUUGAAACCAAAGGGAAGAUCUUUAGAGAAGGGCAACAGGAAGGGAGAAAAAGGGAAUAUGCAGAUGAUGAGCCCCAGCCUUUCCGCAUUUAUACUAAAGGGAAACUGUACCAUGCUGAUGCAGAUGAAAUAUUUAAAAAAGUGGAGGCAGGGGAAAUUACUGUAUACAAAGAUGAGAUAAAAACACCUCAAUAUGGAGAUAUGUAUGUCCUUGAUAAGAAUUUUGUUCCAUUUAGUGAUUCAGUUCCCUGGGUGAGGGAGUACUACUAUAAGGCUCACAAUAUACUCAUGGAAAGGUUCACAUUGCGUGAUUCCAAAAUGGUGUUCACUCAUCCGCUCCCUCCUGCAGCAAAGUCUGUUUUCACCCUUGUUGAAAAUGAGCCUCAGUUGUGCAUUGUACAUUAUGAAAAAGGCAACAUUGGACGUGGAAAGAUAAAGCAGAAGUCUGCAAAAUCAGAAGAGCAAAAGGAAGGAGAACGGCACAAAAAGAUAUACACAGAAUCCAAUUCAAACUUGACACUGUCACUGGUGGCUGCAAUGCUUUCCAAUCCUGAUGAGAAAAGAAUUGUCAGUGCUCCAAUACUUAACCCGCAGCCAUUCCAGGUGUACCUCCUGAGGUUACCAUCAGAAGAUAAUGCUAAAGUAAUUGAUAACUACAGAUGGACAGACAAAGGCUUUAAGCGGUGGCCUUUAGGAGUAAGCAACUCGGAGACAAAGCUGCUCUGUUUCCAUUGCCCAAUGAAGAUGGCACGCACCGCCAUGUGUACAGCCCUAAUGAGACACGAGUUCAAGCACACAACAGCUUCCCCUGACCUUAGAGUGGUACACUACAUGCCUACAAGAGAGUUCAGGGAAUUUAUUGUUAUUUCAAAUGCUGCCAAACAGCUCCAAAUGACAUCUGAGCUGGCGAGGGAGGGCUGGGAAAACAUGGAACUGGAGUCAGAGGCACCUCUCUAUGUUUCUUCGAGUCGCCUCAAGCCUAUCACAGUGUGGGACCUGUUGACCAGAGAUGCUCAACAUGCCAGUCUUACAGGUCUUGUUAGGAUGGAGAUCAUCAACCCUCAACCUGGGGGUGUUUACCUCAGUACCAAAUAUGAAGCACCAGAUUUACUGGUUUGGGAAGAAUUAGGAAGAAUCCAGAUUCAGCCAAGGCUGUACCAAAUAGUAGAGGUUUGUGAGAAGAUCAGUGAUGCACAACCAUAUCUCCUGAGGUUGUGCUACACGUCACCUAAGGUUCCCCACAAAGUUUUAGUGCAUUACUUGGGUGACACAAGACCAUAUCUCAUUAAGGAAUGUGAGAUAGUGAUUGAUGAGUACACUGGAGAACCAGCAUAUAUAACCAAGGGAUUGUGGAAGAAAGGGAAACGUAAGGCCUACUUGAGUUCAGAAUAUGCACUGGCAGAAGAGAAGCUGUACCGGAUCAGCAGCCAUCACAUGAGGGAUGUUGGUUGUAUGCCACUCAAGCUAGAAGACCUUGACAUUACAGUUAAGCUUGAUCCUCACAACCUCCCUGAUGACAAAGAGGAACUAAUAGCUCCAGAUAAACCAGGUCUCUACCUUUAUGGCCACAGAAUGAUGAAGAAGAGGAUAGUUCGUCUCCUAGAAAAUCUUGAUCGGAGUCGCAAAACACAAAUUCCUAUAAAGAAUCCUGAGGCAGGAGAAGCAUAUUUAGUGACAAAACCCUCAGGAACUAAGGCAGCUAUAGACUCCUACAAAUGGACCCAGAAAGGCUGGCAGCCUAUACCUCGGAAGGACCCCCUAGUUUUGUGGCGCUGGGGAUUGCUGCGGCACAAAAAACAAACAUGGGCACCACCUCUGAUCCGCAUAGAUUAUGUGCACCUCAAAGUCAACACAGAUCUCAUGCUAGUCCAUUAUAUUCCAACCAAAGAUAAUGAAAUGAUGCUGGAAAUUAAGAGUGCUAUUGUACCAGUCCGUGCCCAAACACAUUCUCUCCUGUCCUUGGGGGAUGUAAACUUUGGUCAGCACUCUCAGUUGUUAACUAACAGUGCUCUUCCUCCAAGCCACAUAUGGGAACUGCUUAAUGCUGGAGGAGGGUUAGCAGAGCCACUCACUGAGCCUCAACCUGGGGGUGUUUAUGUUAUUAAUGUUGGUGCCAAAGAGAAGUUGGACUUGUAUCGCUGGAAGACAGUAGGUGACAUUCGACUGUCUUCCAAUGACUAUGGCCUGAUGGAAACAUCCUACCUUAUUACAUGGGAGCCAGAAGGACUCUUUGCUCGCCUCACCUACCACACUCCUCUUAUCAAGAACAGAACAGUUAUACAUUACCUUGGGGACUGCAGACCUUAUUAUGACAAAGCAAAGGCUGAGGAAGAGGAACGUCAGAAGAAAUUGGAGUACAUUAGGAAGAAGACUGGGAGCUCUCUAGAUAUUGAUUCUGUUGGUGGUCAUGAUGCUCAUCUGUCUCUUUCGGACAUUGGCCCUCGAGAUGCUGCCACAGAAGCAGUUGGCUCCAUCUUAGCAGGCUUAGGAUCUAAUAUCAUGGACACUGAUAACCUAAAUCAAACUUUUGCAGAAUUAG